ACAAGUUCGGCUUCCGGUCACGUAGCCCCCAUUCUUGUACCGAUAAUGCGUAUAACCUGGGAGUUAGAUGAUGGUACUUAUUUGAGCUGACAGGAACUGGAUGAUUGACAGUUGGUGGGAAAACAGUAUUUGUAAACAAUCGUCAUGUGACAGAAUAACAACAAAAUAGACGAGGUAUCAGCCCUUGUGGUUGUAGAAAGAAGAUGAUUUAUCAAAGGCCUUAAGCAUCAUCAGUAUCAAACCCAACUAACAUCCAAUAUGGGGGCAGAGGAAAGCAAGCCAGGUUCCCCAUGUUUCGGAUUGAUGGGUCCAUCAUCGGUGGUGAGCAACAUGAACAGACAGGCUCAGAUGGCGCGGGCCUGGUCGCUGCUUCACCAAUGCUCCCUGGAACAGUGGAAACUUGGACAUGGAGAGGCUGCAGGGUUUGGUUUGACCGUGAUGUGCUGCAACAACGUCGUGUUCAAGGACUGUAGUCCUGCAUUUUGCACAAGCCAGCAAAACAUCAUCAACAUCCCAAAAUCACACCGCAUAUUUCGCUUCAGACGUAGGCAUAAGUUUACUAAGAUGGCAGAACAUUUUGAGUACAAGGUUGUUCCAGCACAGAUGUCUUGCAUUCAAAACUUUCAAGUCAAAAGUGUGCUUUGUGUUCAGCAAAAUACUGUUGUACUCCAUCUUAUUCGCAAUAUGACCACCCAGUUUGGGAUUGUGGAUUUGUCAUCUGACAAAUUUCUUGGAGUGUUUGGUGUGCAAAAUGUGGGUUUCAUUAAUGAAGAUCUAAGGGGAAAGAUUAGCCCAGACUGCUCUGUCUGCCUUAUUAAACUGCCUAGUCUACAAACAGGUGUUGUGAAUGGGUAUGAGUUUCAGCUGUAUGAUCUCAAAACCAAGAAUCUGCUUGGGGAAUACUCGCUGCCAUAUCUAGACACAGCGUUCGCCUUUGAUCCCAGAUUUAAUUGGACACACUUUGCAGCGACAAGCUUCCAAGUCGGAAGUGAUAACAGCCUGAGUAUUGUUCGAGUCAAAAGCUGGGAAGUUCUAGUCACAAAUCCAAGGCUGGAUGAUCAAAGACCUAGUCAAAACAAUGAACUAAAGGACAUCUUUUAUUCAAGAGAGGGCCAUCUGAUAUUUGCAGUAACCAUCACGGAGGGCUGUCAUUGCAGGGAGCGGAAAUCAAGGAGGACCAAUCCAUGCGACAUCAGUAUAUUUGUGUUCAAUGCUGAUACAGCUGACACAAUCCACUGUAUCCGCUAUCAUCGCUUUACCUGUGGGCUUCACCUCUGCCCCGUCAACUACAUGCCCCUGUUCUCACACUGCGGGAGUCGCAUGGCCAUCAUCCUCAAUGAUAUGGAGGACACCCUGGACCAUGUACAGAUCUACAAACUGCCGAGUUCUAUGAGUCUGCAGUAUCGCUGCAGGGUGCGCAUUUUGCAGCAGUAUGGACCUGACAGACUGAGACAGCUGCCACUUCCAAAACGCCUUGUGCAAUUCUUGAAAUUCUUUCCAGAAUAUGAAUGAAGAUUGCAAUAACACAAAUGCUAAAGUAAAAACAGUUUGUUGAAAUGUAGAAAACAUUGCACAAUUAUGUUCUCUUUUAAUAUCAAUAAUUUAAAUUUUGACUCCAGAAAAGCUGGUUUCAAAUAAUGUUGCAGUAAUUUUGGUUUUCUAACUGAUGGUUAAGUUCAUAAAACUGAAUUUGUUAAAUUGAAGCUUAUUCAAAGCUAGUAAACAUAAGAUAGUUGUUUUUUCUGGACUAUGUUUGUGUUUUCUGCUUAUUCAUCAGUCAUUUACUGUACAGUAAUAGUAUAAAUUGUUUACUUGUAAAUGUACUCAAAGCUUAAACUGCAUAUACAGAUUAGAGUGAUAGUUACACUAUAUGUAAUUCAAGAGAAACAUUUCAAAGAAAAGUUUCAAAUUUAUACCUUCUAACAUUCUAGUUUAAAUGAAUAAAGUUUACAUAUGUUUGCAUUUAUUGAUCAAGUAUUAACAUUAUUGAGGCUUCAUAAAGAAGUGGAAGCCUUGCUAGAAAUCUUAUUGCUGGAAUAACUUCUUUUGAUCUAUAAGUGCUUAUUCAUUUUGAAAAAAUCUGAUAUUUUGUCUCAAAGUUUUCACACUGCUACAAGCGUGCAAGCCAUCAUCUUUGUGCUUUAAAUAAAAUGUAUUUCAAUGCUUCUGCAUUUUUUGCUUGCAUAUGUUGAUUGAUAGUUUUCUGAAUGUUUAUGUUGUGAAAAUCAUAAUGCACUAGUUGACAUGCUUCACUUGGAAUAUUACUCAUUUUGUAUCUCAUCAAGUCCAGUUUAUGCCAGACAGAAGUUAAGCUCAAGUUUAGCAAUGCAGCUGGUGUCUUUGGGAUUUUGUAUUGAAAUAUUCAGGUUAGAUAUUCACCGUGGAUUUGUUUCAUGUAAUUCUUGCUUGGCAAGUUUUCAUAAGUGGUACAUAAAUUGAAAUGAUAAUAUUGGCCCAAUCAUGUUAUAAAAUGCCUUCAACUCUCAUGAAACAGUUACAUCCUGAUAGAUUUUAAUCAUGAUUUAUGUGCACAAUGUGAACUCAAAAGGUUAAUCCUAGAAAUAAUGGCAAGUCCAUGUAUCAAAUUUAAUUUUCUUCCGUAAAUUGUGAGAAUACUAGAAUUUGUAUAUGUGAAUGUAAGUCUAUAGUUCAUGAUAACAGUACAAUGUUUAAUGAUAUUUACAUUUGAACCAUUGUGGUGAAGUUGUUGAUGUACAUAAACUCUUCUGUUUUAGUGCUCUCUCCUGUCAGAUUGUAAUUUCAAUUUUCAGUAACAGAAGUUAUACAUUACUGAUUAUAUAUGGAGAAACAGAGUGAUGAAAAUGCCAUUUUAUCAUACUUGUGUAUGAAUGAUAUAUAUAUAAAAAUGAAUGGAUAAAUGUUUUUUAGGUUCUUCUUUUAACUACAUUAUUUCUUAGAUUAAUUGAUCUCUUAGACUCUUCUACUUUCUGGAUUGUUUUACCAGUUAUUGUAAAUGUUUAUUUUUGCAAUAUUUACUUGUUAUGUUCUUGUUAGUUUUACCUUUAAUUUGUUACAGAUUUUACACGAACAUUCGAGAAACGUAUCUAGUCAUACUUGAUUCACAAUGCUCUUCUAAGCAUUUAUCAUUGAACCAUAUCCAUAAGGCUGUACUGUUAACUAUUAAGUGUGAACUUGUGAAGGCAAGCUUGAUUGAUGGUGAAACUGACAUUGUGUUUAUUUUAAGACAUGAAGUAUUUACAACAUGCAGCAUAUAGAUAAUGUUUGCUAAAUGCAGCAAGUAGAUUAUUUAUGCACACUGUGCUUGGCUUCCAACAUGUGAAUGUGUUGAUUACAUAUGUUUAAUAUGGCAUGUUAGUUAUAUGAUUGUAUGAUUUUGAUCAUUUUUAAUUUUACUUUUCUUUAUCAAAGUAAAUGCAAGAUACUGAGUUUAUUCUAAGCAGGAGUAAAUAAGACGUUUAUUUUGUGACUUCACUGUCUUUAAGAAAUUAUCAUACCAUGUUAUUGACAAUCUCUAAUGUUGUGUACAUGUAUAGAAUUUGAAUGUCAGAAUAGCUUCAUUUCAUAAUUAGUUUUGAAUGUAUGUUGAAUAAUCUAAAACUAAUUUUAACACAUCUAGAGUUUUAUAGCAAAUUUACACUGAUGUGAUUGUGCUUUUUUUUAAUCUUUACUCCUAUAUCUAAGGCAUGUUAGGUAGGGGUUGCCAAUUCGAGGAACUCUCUCAUGUUUUGUCAAAUAAUUUUCCUGGUGAUGUAUCAGAAAAAAACCGAUUCAAGUAUAAAAAACAACCUGGUUUAAGUGGGGAGUGAAACUAAACCAGUACAGUCAAGAAAAAGGUAGAAAAAAACAAUAGCUUAACCACUAGACCACAAUGACUUAUACUAAGCUUUAAGGAAAUUUAAACCUUUAUUGAAAAUAUUGCUAGCAUCAUGUGAUAAUGUCAAUCAACCAACAAUUGUGGACUUUAAGGCAAUAUUUGAGCAUAUAUCAACUUCUGUUCAAGCGUUCCAUCCGUCAGUAUCUUAGUUUUAACACUCCUUAUGAUUUGCCACUCUUUAUUUUGUAUUUUACAAACAAUGAAUGAGUCUCUUUAAAUGAGGUGAAUUUCCCUUUUUCUUCGAACAAGGGUAUGAAAGUAGUGAAGAAGUAUGUUAGACUGGUGAUUUGUUGCUUUCCAUACAGUUAUAUCUACCUAAAAUCAUUAAGGUUUUGUACUAUCUACUAAUGGUGCUAUUAUACAAGAAAGUUUUGUGGCUGUGUUAAUAAAAUUGUUUCUUUAAGGUUAGUUAGUUGUUAAAUUGUUUUACAAUACUUUUGAAUAAUCCACAGUUCCAAAAUGGUUAUAUAUUAUUAAAUGUUUAUUAGAGUCAGUGUUACAGUGACUUUGAAUACAUGUAAUAUUGGGACAUUUCAUGUAUCAGACAUAGUGAUCUUUCUAUAGUAGCAUUUGCUGUGAUGUGUUUAAAUUUUUUCACUUUUAAAGAAUGCUUGUUGCAGAUUUGCUUAGCGUUCACUGUGUUAGUGCUAUAUACAUAAUACACACAUACCCACUAUACUAGAAUUGACCCCUCCCAUACAUUGUUGAAUGAUAGACUUACUAAGCUUGAUAAUGUUGUUUGGUACAGCUUUAGUGCCGUAUUCAUAUUUAAAUAUUGCUAGAUUGAUCAUUUUUAUAGCUGGGAAUAUAUAUAUAUAU